CAUAUAGGAAAACAGGCAUAUCGUAAUAGAGUUCAAUUGUUUAAUUAAAGGGUGAUUUUUUUCCCCUUAAAUAUAAGGAUACAGAAACCUUAGCAGUACUGUGUCCCCAAAACCGCAAUACAUACCAAACCAUGGACAAACGGUAUCAUUACACCCCUAAUGAUAAGGUUGGCCCCUCUGUAUGAAUUAUGGCCCCUCUUAUACCCCCUACCUUAAAAAAUCCAAGCACCACUCCUGUCCCAGUCUCCUCUCACAUGGGAGCUAACGGUCUGCUUCCUCAGGCUGAGAAUCUGCUCCUCGAUGCUGACAUGAACAUCAAGAUUGCCGAUUUUGGCUUCAGCAACGAGUUCACUGUAGGGAGCAAGCUGGACACCUUCUGCGGCAGCCCCCCCUACGCGGCCCCCGAGCUUUUCCAGGGCAAAAAGUACGACGGUCCUGAGGUGGACGUCUGGAGCCUGGGGGUCAUCCUCUACACGCUGGUCAGCGGCUCGCUGCCCUUCGACGGCCAGAACCUAAAGGAGUUGCGGGAGAGGGUUCUGCGGGGAAAGUACCGCAUCCCGUUCUACAUGUCCACCGACUGCGAGAACCUGCUGAAGAAGCUGCUCGUGCUGAACCCGGUCAAACGAGGGAGCCUGGAGCAAGUGAUGAAGGACCAUUGGAUGAAUGUGGGCCACGAGGAAGAGGAGUUGAAGCCAUACCUGGAACCUGAGCCAGACUUCAAUGAUUCCAAAAGGAUAGAUCUGAUGGUCACAAUGGGAUUCCCGAAAGAUGAAAUCACAGAGUCGUUAGUGGGCCAGAAGUACGAUGAGGUCAUGGCCACCUACCUUCUGCUGGGCAGGAAACCUCCAGAGUUCGAAGGGAGCGAGUCCCUGUCCAACAGCAACCUGUGU